AUGAAGGAAGGAAGGAAUUCCAAAACUUCAUCAUCCAAAAUCAAAGCAGAUAAAAUUAAACCACUUGCAACACCAAAACCUCUAACGACAGUACCUGCAACACCAAAACCGCCUCCUCCUUCAGUUAAUCCUUCAUCAUUCACUUUAUUAUAUCCAUUUCAAACAUUAAAGAAACAAAAAGAUUUUAAAAAGGAUUUCAAGAUAUUAAAUAAACCAAUUGACCCAAAAAUUCAACCGUUAAAGGAAAAAUUUAGUCGCCCUUCAUUUGCACCAUAUCCAUAUUCAUAUGAAAUCGAUCAUUUAGAAUAUUCAAAAGGAAACGUUACUUAUUUAUUUACCAUUAACAUUAACACCAGAUAUUUAUAUUGCAUUCCAGUGAAAGGGAAAACAGAACAGGAAACAAGAAGAGCUAUUCAAUACUUACUAGAUCAUGAAAGAGUAGAUAAUAUAAGGGGUGAUGGUGAUAAAGGAUUUCAGGCAGCUAUGGCUCAUUAUUUCCCACAAAUUAAUUUUUACUUUUCAUCCUCUCCAUAUACGUUUCAUAAUAAAAUAGUUGAUGCGGUAAUGAGAACUCUUAGAGAUGCGUUAGGGGUUAACGGUCAGAUAUACUGGGAUGGAAAUCAUGACUCCAUCAUACAGCAGUUAGUAUAUUAUUACAAUAAUACAUGGCAUAGAACUAUAAACAUGAAACCAGUGGAAAUGAAAAAUGAUAUUUCAAAAGAAUGGGAAUAUAUUAGAAAGCAAAUGGAAAGGUUGAAUGAUGUUAAACGUGAACAAAUUAAUUCGGGGCUCAUGAAUUUUAAACAAGGGGAUAAAGUUUUGAUUCAUCUCGAUUAUGGAAAAACUGAUAAAUCAAUGACAAAAAGAAGACGAAGAUUUGACACAAUAGCUGAAUUUGUUAGAUAUAUUAACGGCAAUGCAUUAGUUGAAGUUAACAAUAAAUUAAUAGAAAUUCCGAUUUAUUUUAUUACUCCAUUAUAUUUAAAUAAUAUUUAA